ACCGGAGAGGAGACGGCACCGCCAUGGCGGCGGCGUUCAAAACUGUGGAACCAUUGGAAUAUUACAGGAGGUUUUUGAAAGAGAACUGUAGGCCUGAUGGAAGAGAGUUAGGUGAAUUUCGGACAACCACUGUCAACAUAGGUUCAAUUACAACUGCAGAUGGUUCUGCCCUGGUGAAGUUAGGAAAUACCACAGUGAUUUGUGGAGUAAAAGCGGAGCUUGCUGCACCUGCAGUGGAUUCUGCUAAUAAGGGAUAUAUUGUUCCAAAUGUAGAGCUGCCAUCCCUCUGUGCAGAGAGGUUUCGCUCUGGACCACCUGGUGAAGAGGCUCAAGCAGCGAGCCAGUUCAUUGCAGAUGUGAUUGAAAAUUCCCAGAUGAUAGUGAAAGAAGAUCUGUGUAUUGCCAAUGGCAAGCUUGCUUGGGUGUUAUACUGUGAUAUCAUAUGUCUGGACUAUGAUGGAAACCUUCUGGAUGCCAGUGUCUUUGCUUUGUUGGCAGCAUUAAAAAAUGUGCAAUUGCCAUUGGUUACGAUAAAUGAAGAAACUGGUUUAUCAGAAGUUAAUUUAAAACAGAAGAAUCCUUUGAUUAUCAGAAAGCAUCCGGUUGCCACAUCAUUUGCUGUAUUCGAUGACACGUUACUCAUUGUUGAUCCAACUGCUGAAGAAGAAGAUUUAGCAACUGGAACAGUAACCAUUGUGACUGAUGAAGAAGGCAGACUGUGUUCUGUCCAUAAACCAGGUGGAAGUCCUCUUACAGGAGCCAAGCUUCAGGACUGUAUCACCAGAGCAAUUACAAGACACAAAGAAGUAAAGAAGCUGAUAGACAAAGUAAUAAAAAGUAUAACACCCAAGUGAACAAAAAGAGAGCUCUUUCCAAAAAUGGAUUUGUAAAAAUUGUAUUUGUUACAGUGUUCACAAACCUUUUAUACUAAAUAAACAAAUAUCAAUACUACAUUUACAAAGUUCAUUUUUUCUAAAAUGUUUUUCACCCUUAUUCUAUGUACAAUAUUGUUGAGUGGUAAAAAAUACAAGAUAAAACAUUCUGUUAAAAAAUUAAGUGACUUGAGGAAACCAGAUCCUAGAGUUUUCUAGAUGAAAUUUCUAAGUUCUGUAAGGUUGGCUUCCAAAAUCAGUUCAUUUAUUUUAGUGUAAUGUCAAAAGUUCUUUUUCCCACCAGUAAUAU